AUGGCGAAUUUUGCCUCAGGAUUCCUCAGAUGGUAUUCAAGAUUAUUGUAUAAUUAUCCAUUGGCUUUUAUCAUUGUGUCUGUUAUUCUAACAGGAGUAUUACCUUUGAUUUGUCUUUAUUUUUGGCCUGUGCAUCUAACAAAUAACGCCGAAAUUGGAUUUGAUACGAAGGACACCGAUUAUUCAGGGCCUAGAUUAGCCUGGCAACAACUGCAGCAACAUUUAACGUCCUCUAACCGUAUACCGUUUGCUAAUUCGGGAGAAAAGGAUCCAAAUGUUCCUCCGGUUUUGAGUCCUGCGAGUAAUAAAACAACAAGAAGAAGAAUAGCUAGAGGAUGGGCUGAUGAUCUCUUAUUCGCGGUUCAAAAUGUUCCAUGUUACGAUGCACCAAUACCCUUAAUGAAUCAUCUGAGUCAAAUCGUAGUAGAAGUUCCAAGUUUUGAUUCGAUUUUUGAAAAGUCAUUCCUAUCGGAUCUAUGCUAUUUGCAUGCGAAUGCAUCUAGUGAAAUUACUGCUUUUGAUGGAUACACUCCUUAUAGAAAUGUUUGGAGUGUUGCCAAUAUGUUCGCAUGUCUCUCUCCCAACUUUCUCGUCAAUUGUACUGAAUUAACAGUAGAAGAUAUUAAUAUUGUUCGAGAUACCGUGAAGUUUUGUGCUGGAUAUCGAGAUCAGCUAGUAUCGUGUAAAGUUGAAUGUUCAGAAGCAUGUACUGAGUGUCCAGGAGUUCCGAAAAAUUGUACAAACCAGAUGAUGUUUGACGUAUUUUAUCGAAUCUUACCUCAAGAUUUAUCAUCAAAACCAUUUCUUGUGAACACAUUCCUCCCUGUUUUCACAUUGACCGGUUAUGCAACUCAGAAUAUUCGUGUGCCUGUUGAUUUAUACGAUGGUUUAGAAAAUGCAAUAAUAUCUUAUACGUCGCGUACAUCAUUGAAACUUAAAGGAAUUUUGAUGGAUAUCAAGCGAGAACGACUUUUAAAGUCAGCUAUGACCGAUUCAAUCUUGGCUCUAGUAGCGGCAACACUUACUAUGUUAGUUGUAGCAUUACACUCGAGAUCCAUUUUAUAUGCUCUUGCUGUGUUCGUAAUCCUGGGACUCUCCGUAACAGGAGCGCUAGCUGUCUAUGCUCAGUUUACAUCAGACUUCCCAUUGCUGAAUUUGGUUAUUUUUGUUCUAUUAAUUGCUGUCGGGACCGAUGAUGCUUUUCUACUGUUUAGCUCUUUUCCUGAAAACCUUAACGAACAUACUUUCUAUACAUGCCUCUCUCACACAGGAGCAACUAUGUUCUUAACUUCAUUCUCAACAGUGGUUCCGUUCUUCCUUAAUAUGCAUUCCAAUGUUAUAGUUUUUCGAUGUUUUGGACUGUUUGCUGGAAUGACUACAGUGGUUAAUUGGUUUUUAGUCGUAUCUUUUCUUCCAGCGUUUUUAUUGCUUCAAAGAAGGUGGUGUAAAUGUUUACCAUCCUUGCCAAAACUUGAUAAUUGGUUUUCGUUUUCUUUCCGUAACGUUCUCCCUUCCGUUAUCUUACAGGGUAGAUUUGUUUGGUUGGCAUCACUUUCUUUGGUGGUAAUAGGAGGGUGCUUCAUUACAUACAAUGACUUCCAUUUACCAGAAUACAACCCACUACAGUUAUUUGUCUCCUCUAAUCUCCAUGAGUGGUACGACAAUAAUGCCGAGAAGAACUUCGAAUUUGUUGCAAGCAAAAUAGCUUUACCUCUGUUUGCCAGAGUACUGUAUGGCAUUCAAAAAGGAGAAUCUACAGCCAGGUUUAAAGCUGAGUCGUUCACUCCUCUCAGAUAUGAUCCUGGUUUUCAUCUGGAUACAGUACCUGCAAUCGAAAAAUUAGCGAACGAUUUGAAAGUUGCCAGAAAUUUACCGUAUAUAAACCAUACAUCCAAGUUUUGGCCAGAAAGGUUUUUAGACUGGAGUCGCGAUUAUAAAUGCCAAGCAGGGUUCUUAUGCUGUAACAUGAGCAGUCCUCUAUUCAGUAAUAUGUACCUAGAUCAUUGCUUGAGAAAUUCGACAGCUUUCUUGUUCACUUCUUACAAUGACACACCCAUCUUCGAUAAUACAACUUUCCUUUUAACAGGAUACACUGCUCUAUUACCUACAAAACUCCAGUAUUCUCAUCGCUUCUCUAAGUUAUACAAGGCGUUUGAUCUUUUAUCCAAUACAGCGAAGGGACCAGGGUUCUGGGCUCCUGAAUGGCCACUUAUGUCUACCUGGUUUGACCUCCAGCGUUCAAUUAUUUCGGAUUGUCGAUAUUCUGUCAUAAUUUCCAUUUCUGUUGUAGCAUUGUUCGCAUUAGCGCAACUUCAUCUUCAAGCGUUACCUGCUGUGCUAACAUGCAUUUGUAUAAUAUGCACAUCUGUUGGAGUUGUUACUACACUGGGUUGGGUGUUGGGAGUUCUGGAAGCUGUGAUUUUAGUUUUGGUUGUUGGGCUAUCCUUCGAUUAUACGCUUCAUUAUGGCGCCGCGCUUCCGCAUGAUGGAUGUCCGACUCAUCGUGUGAUGCAUGCUGCAUCUGUUGCUCUAUCACCGGUAUCUUUAGCUGCAUUCACAUCUUUCCUAGCUGGAGCAUGUAUGCUGUUUGCGCAAACACAUGCGUUCUUCCAGGUUGGAACGUUUUUAGUGGUUGUUACCUCAGUGUCAUGGAUUUAUGCUACCUUCUUUUUCUUGCCUCUUUUGAGUUUAACACUUCCUAAAACAAAAAACUGCCACGUUUGCAAUUCUCCACCACAUAUCCCACUUAAUAGAAAGUUCUAG